AAACCACCGAAGUAGUUUUCCGAUGAUCGUCUUAUCAAAUAUACAACAAGCCAUGCAUGCUUCUUUUAAGGACCGAGACUAAUAUUUGCUACACAUAUUUCGUGUGAUCCCGUUUAUUUUAUACAUGAUUUCACUCAUCACUGUUCCUGCGUCUCUUCUUUUAGUUCCUCAACCAAUCUCAUUAACUUCUCUUCAUUCAAUGCUUGAAUUAUUGACGACCCGGGCGCCCCUCCCCUUGCCUGCAAAAUUAGGUGGCGCGUAGAGAGUUUAUUUGACAUAGAUGGAGAAGUCAUCUUGAUCAGGGAUUGCUAGAGUGGAUUCCUGUGGGAAAUUAAGUGAUCAUCGUGGCUUAAUUUCCUAUUUAUCUUUCAAAGACUCAACGACCUCUCAGGGCAUUUAUGGCUCUGCAUAUGCAUUAGAUUGUUCAAGAGAGAGAUGGUGCAAUAUUCCAAGAAACCAGUCUGGCCUUAAUAAUUGCUUUCAAUUCAUUUCACCUAUAAAUCCCCUCUCUGUCUCUCUCCACUCUGUACUACACCCUCACUUCCUUCUCUUGUUUAUAACUCUCCCGACCCCUCCUCCUUCUCUUCCUAAUUAUACAAUCGCCCAUUUCUUUCACCGGCCCAUACUUAAGUUUGCUUUCAUCAUGCACGAUAUUGCUAUGUAAUUAAUCUUGGUUUUUCUCUGUAUCAAGAUUUCUCACAUUUCAACUCCAGUCUUGUUAUUUUUAAGUCAUGGAUAUGUCUACAGCUCUACUUCUUUUUGCUGCUGUUACUACUUAUCUACUGUGGUUAACAUUCAUCUCGCGGUCACUAAAGGGCCCACGUGUGUAUCCCUUACUGGGCAGUCUUCCUGGCUUGAUCGAGAAUUGUGACCGCUUGCAUGACUGGAUCUACGACAACCUCCGCGCGUGUGGUGGUACGUACCAGACCUGCAUCUGUGCAAUUCCCUUUUUAGCCAAGAAGCAAGGCCUCGUGACUGUCACGUGCGACCCGAGAAAUAUAGAGCACCUCUUGAAGACCCGGUUCGACAAUUACCCAAAGGGACCCACAUGGCAAGCUGUGUUCCAUGACCUUCUUGGUGAAGGGAUCUUCAACUCUGACGGUGACACGUGGCUGUUCCAGCGUAAGACUGCCGCACUGGAGUUCACCACCAGGACUCUGCGCCAAGCCAUGGCUCGGUGGGUGAGUAGAGCCAUCAAGUUGAGGUUCUGCCCAGUCCUUGAAACAGCUCAGCUCAAAGGCGAGCAGGUUGAUCUCCAAGACUUGUUACUUCGGCUCACGUUUGACAACAUUUGUGGUUUGGCUUUUGGCAAGGAUCCGCAGACGUGCGCACCAGGGCUUCCUGAGAACAGCUUUGCUUCAGCUUUCGACCGAGCCACUGAAGCAUCACUUCAGAGAUUCAUUUUGCCAGAAGUUUUGUGGAAGCUGAAAAAAUGGCUUCGACUUGGCUUGGAAGUCAGCUUGAACAGAAGCUUAACCCAGCUUGACGAUUACCUGACCAGCGUUAUUGAUGCACGUAAGAAAGAGUUAUUGAAUCAACAAAAAGAUCGCAACAUUCCACAUGAUGAUUUGAUGUCAAGAUUCAUGAAGAAGAAGGAAUCCUACUCAGACACUUUCCUUCAACACGUAGCACUCAAUUUUAUCCUUGCUGGACGUGACACGUCAUCAGUGGCGUUGAGCUGGUUCUUUUGGCUCCUCACCCAAAAUCCAUCGGUGGAGGAGAAAAUCUUGCAUGAAAUUUGCACGGUCCUGAUCAAGACACGUGGUGAUGACGUGACAAAAUGGGUUGACGAGCCGUUAGGGUUCGAAGAAGUAGACAGUUUGAUAUAUCUAAAAGCAGCUUUAUCAGAAACCCUAAGGCUUUACCCUUCGGUGCCUCAGGACUCAAAGCAUGUAGUUGCCGACGAUGUGUUGCCGGAUGGUACAUUUGUGCCGGCGGGAUCUUCGGUUACCUAUUCUAUAUAUGCAUCUGGGAGAAUGAAGACCACAUGGGGCGAAGAUUGCUUGGAAUUCAAGCCAGAGCGGUGGUUGUCUUCUGAUGGGAAAAACUUCAUCAUGCAUGAUUCAUACAAGUUCGUGGCAUUCAAUGCAGGCCCUAGAAUAUGUUUAGGGAAAGACUUGGCUUAUCUUCAGAUGAAAUCGGUGGCGGCGGCGGUGCUGUUACGCCACCGUCUCUCAGUUGUUCAGGGUCACAAGGUGGAGCAAAAGAUGUCAUUAACAUUGUUCAUGAAACACGGGCUUAAAGUUAAUGUGCAUAAGAGGGAUCUGGAGGGUACCGCGGCAAGAAUAAUAAAGAAGGGUAAAGAAGGAGAGUCACGCCAGUUGCUGCAUGGGAAUAAUGAGGCAAUUGCCGUUAGAUAUAACGGUGGUGGGUGUAACGGCGCUAGUGAUAGUGCUGCUGGGAAGGGAGCGGUGGUUGGGGUUGUUUAAAGGAUUUGGUGGAUUUGGAGAUGUGUAUUUAAGAAGGUGAAGGUACUCCAUGUGAAGCAAGAGAGACAAAUUAAAGGGCAAAUAUUGCUUUCAUUUUCAUCAGGUGGGCCAUUUCUGAGUAAUGUUUCUCACAGGACGCAAGAGGGUAGAGCUUCUCCUAGCUAUCUAUAUAUAUACAAUAUUGUUAAUGGCGUAAUCAUCGAUCAUCGACUUUAUUAUUUAUAGCUUCAAAUUAAUUUAGCUUUCAUAAAAGAGAGAGAAUAGGGAGAGGGUAUUUUUAACCCAUCCGUACGUACUUGAAUUUUUACAAGUAGCUAGAGCAAACCUUUGAUUUGCAAAUUUUUAUAAUUAAGAUUCUUUAUGUUCUUGUUUGUAA